GAUCUGGGAUCUGCUGGACUGUUGUGCAGAGAGAGAGAGAGAGAGAGAGAGCUAAGGAAGAUGAAAAAAGCAUAGAGACGGGCAGAUUCUCUUUCUCUAGAUUCAAAACCGGGACUGAAUUGCGUCUGUUAUCGGUGUGGAUACCUUACCAUUCAGAAGAUCAUUUUUUGGACGGUGGUUUGGCUCAAAUUUUUUUUCAUUUUUUCAAAUGAAUGCGGUGCAAUGACAGCUUCAGGCCAGGUGAGAUGAUGGAGGUGGAGCCUGUGCCCUUGGAUUUCUCAUCCUGUGAUCGGACUGGUCGCAGGAAUGCAGUGCCUGACAUCAAAGGUGAUGGAAACGUUGGCAGCACUAGCGAAUUCAGCAAAGACACAGCUCAGAUGGACACACAAGCAGCAGGUGGAAACACAUGUACAGAGGAAGAGAGCUCAACGGUGUCUCACACUCCAGAGGGUCAUGGUUCUGGGAGUGUGGAAGCCAGUAUAGGUGUGGACCCUUCUUAAAAUGUGCGCCCCUGAAGGAAGCACGGAAAGAGCCAGCUUCUGCUCCAUAUCACUGUUCACUGCCUUGCAGAGAACUCAAUGCAGAACUUUAAUGAAAAUGUAACAUUUGCUAAUGUUGUUCCUAACCUUUUAUGGUACCAGAUAUCAAGCUUUAUUUAUUUUUAUAACCAAGAAAUCAAAACCUUGUUUAAAGAAACUGUCAUGGUUUUGUAACUUAAGGGGUCCCUCGGGAACAAGUGUGAAAACCCCUGGACUACAGUGUGAUUUAAAAGUAUGCCAAAAUGACAACAAGAUAUGUAUUACAGAAAACCGGUUACCCAGUUAUUAAAGUGGUGUAUAUAAUAUAUAACAAGGCUUCUUAACGGUACUACUUAUAAAUUUGAUUCCUCCAAGAUAGUAGAGCGACAGCUCCAAAAUAAUGUGAUCAGAUGGCACCACUCCAACUGAGUGGUGUUUCGGCUACAUUUUCAAUUGGGAGAAAAGAACUACAAAUGCCAUGCUCGUACAGGCCAUACUGUAAAGCAUAUUUAGCUAUAUUCAUAUACUAAACCCCAACAGGACAGCAGCAGCCUUGAUCUGGCACAGGGACCAGAGCUGGAAAGUCCAGGCGGCAGAAAGUAAAAGUACUGCCAUGUGUUUCUUCCACCCAUGAAAUCAGCCGGCUGAUUUGACUAGUUAGUUCCCUUCUGGCUGAAGGAUUGUGCUAAUUAGCAAUUCCAGGUGAUUGGAACAAAAUACCGGGAAGAACUUUUCCUUUUUGAAUCUGGAUUUUCCCAGGGAAAAUUGUAUUUAGCAUGAUGGCUAAUUCUAGUUGGGAGAGUGGCUGAGCACUCUCCCUGACAAAUGAAUGAAUGAAUAAUUAAAAUGUUGAUCUGAAAAGUGUGCCAUGGCUGUACAAGGGCACACAAAAAGGGGAACAUAUACAAGAGCACAAAGGGCUAUGUUAGCUAUGCAUUCAAAGUAAGGAUGUGUCCUUUCUUCUAUAUUUAUACACCUAUGUAUUGGGCUCCCAGCAUAUUUAGCUUGGAGGCCAAACUAUACAGAAAUUCUGUUUGCCUCUGAUUUUCAAAGUUUUCUCUACGUGGUUUGGUGAAGUAAAGAAAAUUGAUCACUUUGGGUCUCUGCAUACUUGUAUAACACAUGUAUAUCUGUUAUCCCUCCACUAAUGAUGACCAAGGUAAUUAAAAAUGGGUUCCUAUCCUCA